AUGGAGCAGUCCCUCAGUCAACAACCCGCACAAGCAGGUAGGAAAAUCAAUUACUUUCCGGUAAAGGAGACCUACGACCUCUGGGCUCCCAUCUACGAUAACGAUGGCAACAUCCUCCAAUCGCUCGACUCACACGGCCUCUCCCAGACCCUCCUACCGCGCCUCUUUUCCCUCCUGGCAAACAAACCCAACCCCUCAUCUUGCCUCCAGAUAACAGACCUAGGAACAGGCACAGGCCGGGCAACUCUCGCCCUCCUCUCCGCCCUCCAAACUCCUUCAAACUCCACGACCCUCGCCCACCUCUUCCCUACCAAUCUCAAUGAACAGUCUUUACCCCUCAAGAACGAAAUCCACAUCACAGGCCUCGACGCCAGCGGGAACAUGCUCUCCAUCGCCCGUUCGCGUAUCCCUGCCACAUCAUCCAUCCCGCUCCCCUCCACCAUCGAAAUCCACACAAGCUUCCACACCCACGACAUCCUCUCCCCAACCCAGAAUCCAGCAAUCCCGUAUCCUCCCGCCGACGCGAUAAUCUGCGCUUUAGUCCUCGAGCACAUCCCCUCCCCCUCCAUUCUCUUCAGACAGAUCACUACCACCAAGCUCUUGAAACACGGUGGGUUUCUACUGCUAACGAAUAUGCAUCCGGAUAUGGCGCGAGGUGUCGCCUCUGCCGCGGCUUCUGGCAGUGAUGGUGUGGGUAAGACGAAGACUGCACGAUUGGUCACGCAAGCUGGAUUUAAGGAUCCCGAGACGGGAGAGAAGGUUAGACCGGAGGAAGACUGGGCGCACACGAUUGAGGAUGUGAUGGAUGCUGCGGGGAGGGAGGGUUACAAGUUGGCUAGUGGGGAGGAUGGUGGGGCCGGGAUGGAGGAGCUACGUGUGGAGAGGUGGAUGCUAGAGACGGGGGUCGUGGAUAAGCAGAGAGGAGAGAAAUGGGCAAGGGGCGGAGGGAAAUGUUGGUUUGGGGGGUGUGGAGAUAUACAGCGGCCAAGUAAGUUGAUUGUAACGUCAAGCGAUCAUAUGGGACCUAUGAUGUGUACCAAUUCCAACGUCCCGAUCUCCACAUCAUCCUAUCUACCAUUUCUCGCGCAUUAG